CCAUCAUCGGCGUCAUCAGCUCCCCACUUGAGCUUCCAAGCUCAGCUGUCUUCUUACAGUCCGUCAGCUUAUCACUGUUGGUCGUGUGAGUGAAAAACAACUCAUAAUCUUACUUGAAUAUCUACUACUUCUUGGUUACGUUGGCUUGUUCCUCCUCAAACUAUUUUGAAAGUCUUUAUCCAUCUUCCGCUUGAGCCUCACCGCCAAGACCUUGGCUCGUUGAGGUAUUAGUCCUCAUCCUCGUCUUCCGACAUGGAUUUCCUUAAGAAGGUCGGCGAGCACGUCGAGAGCGUUUUGAACAAAAAAGACGAUGAUGAUAAGCACGAUUCUCAAUCACAAUCUCACGGCGGACAGAGCCAGCAGUCCCAUGGGCAAGAUUACGGCUAUAGUCAGUCUCAAGGACAAGGCCAGUAUGGAAGUCAAGGUUAUGGCCAAUCUCAAGGCCAUGGCAGUCAGAGCUACGGAAACCAGGGUUAUGGCAACCAAGGUCCUUCUCAAGGCUACGGGCAGUCCCAGGGAUAUGGACAAUCUCAGGGUCAUGGUAGCCAAGGCUAUGGAGACUCAGGCUACGGCAACCAAGGUCCUCCUCAGAGCUAUGGGCAAUCUCAGAGUUAUGGGCAGUCUCAAAACUACGGACAGCCCCAAGGCUAUGGUUCCCAAGGCCCAACUCAAGGAGGCUAUGACCGGCCACCAAGCGAUGGUCGUCCACAAGGAGGAAAGCCAUCUCAUAAGGAUGACCAGUCUCAUGAUUCUGCUGCUCAAUAUCUCCAAAGGCAGCAGGCAGUGAACCGAUAUCAUUCAUUCGCCUCAGAGUCCAAGGGCAACGUCAAGUGGUACGUCGAUGGUGCUUCAUACUUCUGGGCCGUCUCCCAGGCCCUUGAGCAGGCGCAGGAAAGUAUUUACAUUCUCGAUUGGUGGUUGAGCCCUGAGUUGUAUCUUCGUCGCCCUCCUGCUAAGAACGAGCAAUACCGUCUGGAUCGAAUGCUCCAACAGGCCGCACAGCGCGGCGUCCAGGUUUACAUCAUCGUGUAUAAGGAAGUCGAAGCAGCUUUAACUCUCAACAGCAGUCAUACGAGGACUGCUCUUGAAGCGCUGCACAAGAAUAUUCAUGUCUUCCGACAUCCUGACCACUUGCCCACAGGUUACGACCUGCAGAGGGAAUUGGGCAAGUCUAUCAAGGCUCUAACCAACUUUGAUCUUGCCAAAGCAUCUGGAGAUGCUAUCAAGGCUGUCUAUGGUACUGCUGAUGGAGUUGUUCUGUACUGGGCGCAUCAUGAGAAGCUCCUCGUCAUUGACAACGGCAAGAUUGGGUUUAUGGGAGGACUGGAUAUGUGCUUUGGAAGAUGGGACACAAACAGUCACCCCAUCGCCGACGCUCAUCCCGGUAACUUGGAUGCCAUUAUUUUCCCAGGACAAGACUACAACAAUGCUAGAGUCUACGACUUCGCUGAUGUUAAGGACUGGGAUCAAAACAAGCUCGACCGAACUAAGAGCUCGAGAAUGGGCUGGUCAGAUGUUGCUCUGAGCAUGAACGGACCUAUCACUCGUGACAUGGUCGACCACUUUAUCGACCGAUGGAACUUCAUCUUCAAAGACAAGUACAAGGAAAAGAACCCCGGCAAGUAUCACAAACUCGAGCUGCCACCACGAGACACCUCCGGUUCUGGAGAUAGACGAUCCAGGGGCGAAGAUGACUAUUUGGGUGGCUUAACACAACAGUUUAGCCGUGGCAUGGAUAGACUGAGAUCGUUUGGGGAGCACGAUGACUCUCACCGUGACCGUGGGCACAGAUCUGAAGGUCAUGGUGACAUGCCUCACAUCCAGAUGAUUCGAAGCUGUGCUGAGUGGUCGUCUGGCCACCCUCUUGAGCGUUCGAUCCAGAACGCAUACAUCGACGCCAUCAAGAACUCUAGGUUCUACGUUUACAUUGAGAACCAAUUUUUCAUCACUGCUACCGAUGAUAAGCAACGAGUUGUUAAGAACAAGAUCGGUGCUGCGCUGGUAGAACGAAUUAUCCGCGCUGACCAUGAAGGAACACCCUUCCAUGUCUGGGUUCUGAUGCCAGCCGUCCCGGCCUUUGCGGGAGACUUACAGGAUGAGGGAGCGCUGGGAACCAGAGCCAUCAUGGAGUUUCAAUAUGAUUCAAUCUCUCGUGGUGGGUACAGUAUAAUCGAAAAGCUUCAGAAGGCAGGCAUCCGAGAUACAUCCAGAUACAUCGGAUUCUACAACCUCCGAAACUUUGAUCGAAUCAAUACUUCCAAGACAAUGACUGAUGCCGAAGCCCGAACUGGUGUGUCUUACGAAGAGGCUCGAAAGGAGAGAGACCGUGAACUGGGCGGUUACCCAGAUGAGGGAUCAGGAAGGGCAGCACGAGAUCAGUACCAACAGAGUCGAGGCGAUUUUUCAAGCUCACGAGGAGGCGAUAACUAUGAAAGUCGAGGUUAUGGGGACCGAACUCAGCGAGAUGAUUACUACCAGGAGUCUCAGAGGGGCUACAACUCCCGACCAGACAGCAGACGCCAGGACGAUGACUACCGUGGAGGUCACUCAGGGUCCAAGUACAGACGUGAUAGCGACAGUGAUGAUGACCGCCGAGGUGGCUGCUACGGUAGACGACGUGACAGUGAUAGCGACGAUGGCCGUCGAGGCGACAAGUAUGGGCGUCAACCAACCCGAGACCCCUAUGCCCACCCUGGAGCCGAUCCUCGAUUUCAGUCCAGGCCACAAGGCUAUUCUCAGCAGGGAUAUGGACGUGAUGACGACUACCGAGGUUCUUCGCAGCAAAGUUACGGCGAUCGGGGCGACUAUGGAGAGCGGCCAGACGCAGGAUAUGGACGACCUGAGCGCAACCCCUAUGAGCAUCCUCAAGCUGACCCACGUUACAGCGGGAGACAAGAUUCUGAUAGUUACGGCUCCCGCCGCGAUGAUCGUCCACAGUAUGGCGAACACUCUAGCUCUUCCCGAUAUGAAAACCGGGAACAGCGUUACUCGGGCCAUUCUGAUUCAAGAUAUGACGACCGGCCACAGCGAAAGGAGCAAGGGGGCUACUCCCAGGGGGGUCAUUCCCAAGGAGGUGGUGCAGAUUCAUACCAAAGAUACCAACAAGGGGCUAGCAAAGUUGGCGACAACACUCUUGACACUAUCAGCUCCUGCUAUAUGGACAAAGGACCUAGAGUCACUGAUCUGCGCUGGGAUGGCAACCCUGAAGACGAGAUUAACGCUUUCGUCUCUGAGGAGUUGUACAUCCACAGCAAGCUUCUCAUCGUCGAUGAUCAGCUUGUUAUUUGUGGCUCAGCCAACUUGAACGACCGCUCACAACUCGGCGACCACGACUCUGAAAUCGCAGUUGUCAUCGAAGACCCUACACCUGUAGAGUCAUACAUGAACGGACGUCCCUACACGGCCUCUCGCUUCGCUGCUUCUCUGCGUCGCUUCCUCUUCCGCAAGCACCUCGGCCUUGUUCCCGAUCAACGUUGGGAUCAACCAAACCGAAACUGGACACCCGUCGACCGAGACCCCAACGAUUACGACUGGGGUUCUCCAGCCGAUCACCUCGUCGUUGAUCCGCUGAGCCCGGAUUUUCAACGUCUCUGGACCAGCACUGCUCGUGUGAACACCGAGACAUUUGAUCGAGCAUUCCACCCUGUUCCCACCAACAGAGUCAGGACUUGGAAGGAGUACGAUACUUUCUUCUCUCAGUACUUCAUCAUCCCUGGUAAGAAGGACCAGGAUGUCAAGGCAGAGCUCAAGAAGGGCAAGGUCGAGUAUGGCCACAUUGUGAAAUCUGAGUUCCCUGGUGGUGUGAGGGAGGUUAGGGAGUGGUUGUCACGAAUCCGUGGUACACUCGUCGAGAUGCCUCUUGAUUUCUUGGUUGAUGCUGGAGAUAUCGCUAAAGAAGGCUUGACCUUGAAUAAUCUCACAAAUGAGCUCUAUACUUGAUUGCGGUCAGGGUCGGAGUAUUUGGACACAAAGGGGGUAAACGCUUGGAACUGGCUCUUUGUAUCUUGCUUCGUUCAUAGGUCAAUAUUAGGCAUGGACUAAACUUAAGAAAUAUCUAAAAUACGGAGUAUCAACGCGACUCUUGGUAUUUGUGAAGAGUUACUUGUGUUGGGCAUCCUAUUCUGCUUUAUAGCAAUCCUUGAUGGCCGUGGUCAGGUCAUCAUCUGCGACACCCAGUACAUCGGCGAGAUUAUCGUCCGCCGCCUGAGUGUUUGGCAAGAUCAAGAAACUUCUGCAUAAUUGGCGAGUUCCUCUCUUGGCUAUCCACGUUGAUAGCAGCAUAUAGCUUACACCAAAUAUCGACAGCCUCUUGAUCCAUUGCGCGAUAAUGCGGCAACCACUCAUGAUCCUGAAGUUCUGGGCCAAGGGGCUUGGUGGUGUCUGACCAAAACUCGUCCUAGAAGCACGAAAACACUAAACUUACCUAAAUUGAGGGUAUCAACAUAAACUCAGCAAAAGAUGUCCUAAAGCUUAGGCUAACGUUACCCAAGUUUCCUUGCCUUCCAAAGCUCGUCUACCGUUGACUGACUGGCUCUCGACAUUAGUUGCCGUGAACAACUUGCACAAUUGGUACGCAUCAAUCGUUCGAAAUUUGCUGAUGUAGUUCUUCAUUAGCCGAGCUCUUUCACGCUGCUCAUCCAAGAACCAGUGAUCCAUAUCUCUGAUGAAUCGAUUGCAUAAGAAGAGUCUUUCAGAAGCCGUUUUGGCUCGAAGCGCUAGAUCUGGUUGAGUAUCUUUGAUCUCCAAAGCAAUGUCCUAAAUAUCGUCUGCAAGUCCUUCCAUAGGGUCGCCAGAGAUGACCGGCUGGCUAACCUCCUCGUUAACCAUGGUCUCAUUCUUGGUCGGUUUGUUCAUCCAGUCCCACUUAGUGAACAACCUCAUCUUGGUACCCCAGAGUGUCGGCUUGUCUCGGAACCUCUCAGCAACGGAAACCGCUGCUUCAAUCGCAUCGUAUAAGGACUCCGCCUCGACCCGUGGAAGGAGGAGUUGUUCUGACCACUCCCGAUGUUCUCGGUAGAAGUCGUCUGACGUUUAUGUGGUCGCGACGGUAGUUGUGAUGGUCUCAUUCCGGACGCGAGGCUCCAGCUUGGUUAGUAGGCUGGGGAGAAGCAUAAAUGCUGCUGGAUUGCGCUCUCGACUUGCGACUGUCGUGAGAUCUGCGAUUGAGCAGUUGGGGCGGACCCCGACGCAAAUGGUUCCAUUACUUGUCUUAACCGCUUAACCGUCGAUCGCCAUGCCUGUAUACUGCAGGACAGAUUCGGCAUUCAGAAUCUGAACGUCAGUUGCCCAACCAUCUUUUGCAAACUCGUUUCAUCGCUAUGAGGGCAACGAUUGUUGGAGCUGUUGGCGCUGAUAAUGUCCAGACAGCCUCUGGGAAUGAGAUACUGACGUUCUAGGUUUCUCGGACUGUGAUAGUUUCUUCUUUAUAUCCACCCUAGCUCGACCUUUCAGUCGCUUCCAUGACUCUCGUGCUUUUCAUUUUGGCGAUAGCGGCUAUAAUGCAGCGCUGGUGCUGGAGAUAUCCCGUCUGACAAGGCGAAAGCAGGCAUGUACCAGGUCUUCCCAGAAUCUGGCACUAAGAUCUGCGGCGGGAGUAAUCGCAAUGUUCUCUAUCCAAGAGACACAGCACCACUCUUUGACAUAGACUCCUGUGUUUUGUCGUACGACCAUAGUGUGAACGGUCUUAUAAGAGUCAAGUAUAGAUGAGACAAGAGGCAAAUGAAAAGGGCCAAAACAAUGGGCCACCAUCAAUACGUUUCAAGCACAUAGACACAGGUUGAUCAAGGGUAGGACGGACCGUGACAUAAGUACGCAAGCGUGGUAAUCUCGUAUCAGCUCAAUAAAUAAGUAGUAUACAGUGACACGCAAUCUAAAUAAAUAGAUAUCAG